AUGCACGGCUGUUGGAAAACGCCUGGGAAUGGAGUUAUCACGUCUUCAAGCAAUCUGUGAUUAUUAUCACCUAUUUUUUAAAGUAAGUUUACUGAAACACAUUGUUCAUUUCAUAGUAGACUUAUGUGCGAAAAACAGGCAACGUUACUGGCAUUUUUUGAAAAUUUUUUUUAUUACUUUCUUAGCUAUAAAAAUCAGUUAAGAAGACUAAAGGUGGACUAUUUGGAAUAUUGGUUCCCAUCCCAGUCUUUAAGGCACACCAACAGGCUAUGUUUUUGGAUUAAUCCAAUGUAAUAAAUAUUAACGUGAGAUGUUGUACUAGGACAGUGAUGGCGAUCCUAUGGCACGCGUGCCACAGUUGGCACGCCGAGCCCCCUCUGUGGGCACGCGGCCAUAGGUCGCCGGAGAGAGGGAGGGUGCGCAAAGCCGGAGUGACCGGCAGGAGGCGAGCGCAUAGCGCACAGCGCUCACUCCUGCCAGGCACUCUGUGUAGCGUGGCCGAGCGCAUAGCGGUACAGGAACUUAUGUUUCCUGUACCCGGGCGGACGGAAAUGAAGUGCUCACAGAGAGAGCACUUCCUGUCCGCCGGGUACAGGAAACUGAGCUCCGCGCUCGGCCACGCUACAAGGUAGGAGAUCAAGGGAGGGAAAACUGAGGAGGUAUGGGGGAGGAAAACUGAGGUAUGGGGGGAGGAAGAAAACUGAGGAAGGUAUGGGGGGAAAACUGAGAGGUAUGGGGGGAGAAAACUAGGGAGUAUGGGGAAAAGAAAACUGAGGGAGGUAUGGGGGAAAAGAAACUGAGGGAGGUAUGGGGGGAGAAAACUGAGGGAGGUAUGGGGAAAGAAAACUGAGGAGGUAUGGGGAGGGGAAGAAAAAACUGAGGGAAGUAUAGGGGAGGGAAAAACUGAGAGUAUAGGGGAAAGAAAACUAGGGAGGUAUGGGGAAAGAAGCGAAGGAAGUAUGGGGGAAAAGCACUGAGGGAGAGUAUAGGGGGAAAAAGCAGGGAGUAUGGAAGAAAACUAGAGGAGAGUAUGGGGAAAAGAAACUGAGGAUGUAUGGGGGGGAGAAAACUGAGGGAGGUAUGGGGGAAAACUGAGAGGUAUAGGGGAAAAACAAAAAGGUAUGGGGGAGGGAAGAAAAACUGAGGUAUGGGGGAAAACUGAGGGAAGGUAUGGGGGGAAAGCUGAGAGUUAUGGGGGAGAAAAAACUGAGGAGUUAUGGGGGAGAAAAACUGAGGGAGGUAUGGGGGAGAAAAACAGGGAGGUAUAGGGGAGGAAGAAAACUGAGGAGGAAGUAUGGGGGAGGGAAGAACUGAGAGAGAGAUAUAGGGGAAAAGCGGAGUAUGUUAUAGCAGAAGAAAAAAUAUGGGGAGGGAUGGGGGAAAAGAAAACAGUGGGGGAGGGAGAGAGGGGACCACAGCACCCUACCCUACAUAUCACACCACACAUAUCACCCCACACAAAGACACACACACACAUCACCCACACACACACACACACACACUGCCCCCCACACACACACACCACCACAUCUCCCCACACACACACACACCACCCCACACACACACCACCACAUCUCCCCACACACACACACACACACACACACACACACCACCCCCCCCACACACAUACCACCCCAUAUCACCCCACCCACAAACACACCACCCCACAUACACCACCCCACACACAUCACCCCACCCACACACACACACCACCCCACACAAACCCAUCACCCCACACACAAACACAUACACUGUACCCAUCAAUGCAGUGUGUGUACACUCAGCAGUCUGUGUGUGUGUGUGUGUGUGUGUGUGUGUAUUUAGCAGUCUGUGUGUGUACUCGGCAGUCUGUGUUUGUGUGUAUUUAGCAGUCUGUGUGUGUAUUCAGCAGACUGUGUACUCAGCAGUCUGUGUGUGUAUUCCGCAGUCUGCUAAAUACCCACAGACAGACUGCUAAAUACACAUACAGACAGACUGCCGAGCACACACACAAACUGCUUAAUACACACACAGAGAUGUUAAUUAGUUCGGACAACUGUAUGAGUUGUUUUUUCUAAACUUAAACCUCAGUAUUCAAGUUUAAUUGCCGUUUUGGCACUUUGAGGAAAAGAAAAUUGGCAUGUAUUACGGUUUGGGCACUCGGGCUCAAAAAGGUUCGCGAUCACUGUACUAGGACAAACUUGUGUGUAUUACAAUUUCACUUUUAAUAUAAUUAAUUAAUUAAAUACUAUGAAAAAAUAUAUAUAUACAUAUUCUCUCAACCUUCUGGGUGUAUUCCUCAGUGUAUUCCUCAGUCUCAGGUCUUCUACCAAAGACCUGAGCUCCAAGUGCUCCUAUCACAAAUGAGACUACUACUGCCUUCAUGUUUCACAUCCUCAUUCUCAACAUUUAUGGUACUUUCCAUCUGGAUUCAUGCAGGUCCAGCUGAUAAUCUGUGCAAGUAAUCCAAAAAGGGGAUAAACAAAGGCAAGAUCAAGUAAAAUUCGAAUAAUACAGGCAGCAAGAUUCAAAAGCGGUGAGACAAGUCAUAAGGUGGCCAAUGAUAGCUCAGCUGUUUUGUGAUUAAAUAGGGCGCCCAAUUUGUGCCUCUAUAGCAGUGAUGGCGAACCUAUGGCACGUGUGCCACAGGUGGCACGCCGAGCCCCUCUGUGGGCACGUGGCCAUAGGUCGCCGGAGAGAGGGAGGGUGCGCAAAGCCGGAGUGACCGGCAGGAGGCGAGCGCAUAGCGCACAGCGCUCCCUCCUGCCAGGCACUCUGUGUAGCGUGGCCGAGCGCAUAGCGGUACAGGAACUUAUGUUUCCUGUACCCGGGCGGACGGAAAUGAAGUGCUCACAGAGAGAGCACUUCCUGUCCGCCGGGUACAGGAAACUGAGCUCCGCAGUGCGCUCAGCCACGCUACAAGGUAGGAGAUCAAGGGGGGGGAGGGGGAGAAAACUGAGGGAGGUAUGGGGGAGGAAGAAACUAGAGGUAUAUAGAGAGGGAAAGAAACUGAGGGGAGGUAUAGAGGGAAAAGCAGGAAGGUAGGGAGGGAAAACUAGGAAAGUAUGGGAAAAGAAAAGCAGGGAGGAGGUAUAGGGAGAAAACUAGGGAGAUAUGGGGGGGGAAGAAAACUGAGGGGAGAUAUGGGGGAAGAAAACUGAGGGAGGUAUGGGGGAAAGAAACUGAGGAGGUAUAGAGGGGAGAAACUGAGGUAUGGGGGAAGCAGGGAGGUAUGGGGGAAGAAACUGAGGGAGGUAUGGGGGGAGAAAGCAGAGUAGGGGGAGAACUGAGGGAGGUAUGGGGGGGGGGGGAGAAAAGAAGCGAGGGAGUUAUAGGGGAGAAAGCAGGGAGGUAUGGGGGGGAGAAAACUGAGGGAGGUAUGGGGGGAGAAAACUGAGGGAGGUAUAGGGGGAGAAAACUGAGGGAGGUAUGGGGAAGAGAAAACUGAGGGAGGUAUGGAGGGGGGAACUGAGGGAGAUAUUUGGGGAGAAACUGAGUGUGGGAUGGGAGAAAAAAAAUGAGGGAGGGAUGGGGGGAAGGAAAACAGUGGGGGUGGGGAGAGGGGGGACGACAUACACACAGCACCCCUGCCCUACACAUAUCACCCCACACAAAGACACACACACACCACCCCCCCACACACACCACCACACAUCACCCCACACACACACACACCACCCCCCCACACACACACCACCCCACAUCACCCCACCCACACACACACACCACCCCACACACACACAUCACCCUACACACAAACACUUACACUGUACCCAUAAAUGCUGUGUGUGUACACUCAGCAGUCUGUGUGUGUGUGUGUAUUUAGCAGUCUGUGUGUGUACUCGGCAGUCUGUGUUUGUGUGUAUUUAGCAGUCUGUGUGUGUAUUCAGGAGACUGUGUACUCAGCAGUCUGUGUGUGUAUUCCGCAGUCUGCUAAAUACAGACAGACUGCUAAGUACACAGACAGGCUGCUAAAUACACAUACAGACAGACUGCCGAGCACACACACAAACUGCUUAAUACACACACAGAGAUGUUAAUUAGUUCGGACAACUGUAUGAGUUGUUUUUUCUAGACUUAAACCUCAGUAUUCAGGUUUAAUUGCCGUUUUGGCACUUUGAGGAAAAAAAAAUUGGCAUGUAUUACGGUUUGGUCACUCGGGCUCAAAAAGGUUCGCCAUCACUGCUCUAUAGUAUUGAAACGCUGCACUGAGUCAAUCAGAUGGCCUCUCUGAGACUGUCUGAUUGAAAUAGCAGUGUUUUACUUUGCUAUAUACAUACUGCACAUUCAAAAUAAAUAAACCCAGAUAUGUACAAAAGAGAGUACGCGUGUGUUACAGCCUACUGAAUCAGUUGUAUUUUGGUUUCUUUUGUAAGUUUACUAAAUGCAGGGUACCAGGGACCCUAAUUAUUCUCCAGGCCUAAAUGGAUCCCUCUACACACUCAGGCCAAAAUCUCCUUCUUCCAAGCAUGUAUUGACCCAUCCAUCUGCCUGUGUUGCCUCCAAAUUCUGCCUUCACAAAGGCCCUGCCUUCACUUUGCCUAUAAACCUUACAAAACUAACCAUCUAAACCUGCUUAGGGAAGAAAACCCCCAGCUCCUUCAGAGCUAAAAAUAAAAUGGCGAUUCUUUAAGAUCAGAGAUGCUAUACAAACUAUGAAGCACUCCACAUUUUGUGUAUUGCAUGUUUACUUCACUUGCUUUCCAGACUAGACUAAGCUCAUUGAUCCACCAGUGUUACUAUAAAUAAUUCUAUUAGUAAAAAACUUACUAACCAUCUUUUGUUUCAGGCUCUGAACUGGUACAAUCAGGUUCUAGACCAGCUUUCAUUUAAAGAUUCUUUCUGGAAGGAGAAUCCAUUGAAAGAUAGUGAUGCAAGACCCCUGGCACAUACUAGUUUGCUGUGGAGAAGACAGUGUCAAAUAGUUUUAUCACAGAUGCCUCCACAGAAACCAAGUGAAUGGGCUGAGCUCAUCACACUCUCUAAACUGAUUCCAGAAAAUCAGAAGACACAAGGGAUACAGCUAGCUUCAAGGUAUUGGAUAUUUUAUAUACAUAUACUGAUAUAUAAAAAGGCAAACAUCCCCUGCACUCACGCUUUAACCGCUUCACUGCCGCGCGCAUCAACCAGAGCUCCACAUGACACAGAAUCCAAAAACAAAUGGCUGCUCACCGGUCUUUAAAAAAUGAAACUUUAUUUAAUUAAGUUUAAAAAUAGUGACCAACGUUUCAGUCCCCGUUCGGGACUUUCUUCAGGGUCAAAAAUAACAGGACAACCUUAAUUAAAUAAAGUUUCAUUUUUUUAAAGACUGGUGAGCAGCCAUUUCUUUUUGGAUUCUAUACUGAUUAUAUAUAUAUAUAUAUAAAAUUAAAAUGGAAAGUAUUAGUACAGAAGUAUGAGUAACCCCCAUCUCACUAACCCCCAGUCUGUGUUAGAAGCAAUAUUACACAUAAGAGUACUUGGUGCUACCAUGGCUUAUAACCAGGAAAAGGAAUGUUAUGGUUAAUAAAAACAAAUGUUCUCUUUUUUAACAAUGGGUAAUACUCAAGAAAUAACUGAGGGAAGGUAUUAAAAAGCAGGCACAAAUACAUGCAAACGCACUGUAUUUUAGAGAUCAAAAGAAAAGCGCAUCAAAUGUCAUCAAGUCUUAGAAGCCAUCAAAUCACUUUCCACAAAGUGUUCAUGGCAAGCUGAUCUAACGUCCAACAGAUAAUGUUUGAAAAUACAUCCCAAAUCCAAUAACAAGUGGUAGUAAGUUACUUUGCUUAAAGCAUAGCCAAAUCAUAGCAGAAGAAUACAAUUUUUCAGUUUUACUCUCCUUAUCCACUGCCAUGCCAUCAGCUUGAUGCAUUGGAUUCUGAGAGAAGAGAUGGGAAUCUAAUACAUAAGUUCUUUGCAAAGGCUGAGGUGGGCAAUAAGUAACGAUCAGAAAGAUCUUGGAUUCCAUUAGUCUUAUUUGUCUUAGCAGCAGAACUAAAAGAGAAAAUGGUAGAAAAUAUUUUAUAUUCUAAUAUAUUUAGGAAGUAUUUUGUAAUUUCUGUAACUACAAAAUACUAUAUGAGUUAAUCACAAAACAAAUAAAAAGCACAAUGGAAGAACAAUUUAAUUUCUUGUGUGAUUCAGAAUACUUAAUGUGGUGCAAAACCACUAAAUUCGUUUUAUUCUCAGAUCAGGUUAUUAGUGACUAAUAUAGAGGGAUAAAGUAAGAGCAUUAGAGGGAUAAAGUAAGAGCAUUAAAAACAAUUUAUGUUCAUAUAUUUACAUAACCUCUAUAUAAUAUAUAUGGGUUUUCACUGCUCUUACCUUUUUCCCUUUUAUAGGUUACUUUUUCUUACUUGAUCUGUACUGUACUGUUUUUUAUAAAGCGCCAACAGAUUCCGCAGCGCUGUACAAUUAGUGGAGAACGUACAAUAUACACAUAAAAAGAGGUCGAGAGAGCCCUGCCCGUAAGCUGAUAUCUAGCCAUUGGAGCUCUUUUUUACAAAGUGCUUAGUUUUAUGGCCCGUGAGCUUACAAUCUAAAGGAUACAAUGGGGAUUUGAGACAAGAGGUAGCAGGGGAAAUUUGGUGGUGAUGGCUGAAAGAGUUAACAGAGAAGCAGCUAUUGGUAAGAUGUUAGGGGAAUGAAGAGUUAAUUGAGUGAGAAUCUCAAACAGCUGGAGGAGCAUGCUAUAUAUUUAGGGGGAGCCUGGGUGGGAAGUGGUGAGAAAAAAAAUGAUCUGUGAACCAAAUGGUACUGCACAAUAUAUAAUUAGUUUUUUAAUUCAUCAACAAUAGGAUUUACGAAAUUUGUCAGAACCGAACGCCGGUCAAAACAGUUUCUCAGAAUGUCUGGAAUGGGAGACUGGCAUCCCUAGAAAACCAACAUCCUGUACAGCAUGUACCCCUGCCCCAUCCUGUUGCAUGGCCAACCCCUGACCUGCUCCAGCCAGCUGUCACCUGAACACUGGAAGGAUGUAUACCACAAGCAUCCCUUGUAUCACCAACACUAAGGGGCCCUGAGACAACAUUCCAUGCAUUCUCAAUGAGCCUAUCUUCUCUCUGCUCAACACCUUACAGAGGAGAGACUGUGACAUGCUGUGGGCCCCAGCCACCCCACUUCUCACACAGCAACAAUCCUGAACACCCAUAUGCCAACAGAGAGGCUUCUGCGUACCUGCUGUAA